AUGAGGGGUGGUGAGGCCCCGCCGCCUGGGCCAGGUGUGUGGCUGGCGGUGGGCGGUGCCAUAGGGGGAGUAGCCUUGCUGGCCCUAGUGGGGGGCGUGGUGUUGUGGGCACGGUGCCGCCCCCGCCAGAAGUUCACCAGAAAGGGACCCACGCAGCCGGGUGUCCCCCAGGGGGUGACAGGCGGCUGCGGGUUCCUGGGCACCCACCUGGUGCGGCUGCUGCUGGAGCGUGAGCCCAGGGCCCGGGAGGUGCGAGUGCUGGACAUGCGGGUGCCCGAUGCCUCGCGGCCGGAUGGCGCCGAUGACACAGAGCUGGAGCUAGAGCCGGAGCUGCCGCUGGGUGAGGGCGGGCAGGCACACGCGUGUGCGACCUGGGAAGGGGCCCCGGGGUCCGGGUCCCACCCACCCUUCACCCAUUGGCUCCCAGCAGGGACCCGCAACGUGAUUGAUGCCUGCGUGGACCACGGGGUGCCUGUCCUGGUCUACACCAGCAGCAUGGAGGUGGUGGGGCCCAACCCCCCUGGGGAUCCCUUCUACCGGGGGAAUGAGGACACCCCAUAUGAGGUGCACCAUGACCACCCCUAUCCGCUCAGCAAGGCGGAGGCCGAGCGCCUGGUCCUGGAAGCCAACGGCACGCGGGUGCGGGGCGGGCAGCUCCUGGCCACCUGCGCGCUGCGCCCGACGGGCAUCUACGGCGAGGGGCACCCGCUGAUGCGUGAGUUCCACGCCCGGGGCCUGCGCAGCGGCCGCCGCCUCUGGCGCCUCGUCUCCCCUGAGGUCGAGCACGGCCGCGUCUACGUGGGCAACGCGGCAUGGAUGCACAUCGUGGCGGCCCGGGCACUGUGGCAUGUAGCAGUGGUGGAGCCGGAGGGGGCGGAGCUCAUGGGGGCAGAGGUCAAGGGGGCAGGGCCUGCGGGGGAAGCCUACUACUGCUACGACGACUCGCCUUACGGCAGCUACGAGGACUUCAACGCAGGGCUGCUGGGCCCGGCGUGCGGGUUUCGCCUGGUGGGCACCGGGCCCCUGCUGCCCGCCUGGGUGCUGCGGGUGCUGGCCUGGGCCAACGCAGCGCUGGGCUGGGCACUGCGCGGCGCCUACCGCCCCAUCCUCACGCCCUACACGCUGGCCGUGGCCUCCACCCCCUUCUCUGCGGCCACCGAAACGGCCCCUGCGCCGCCUCGACCGCAGCGCUGCCGCCACCCGGUAGUGGACCCCGGUGGGGAGGCCGGGGAGGGGGGCAAGGGGGAGCCGGGGGACCCAGAUGUCCAGAAUGCCAAGGCAGGCGUUCGGCGUUUUCGCUCCAGGCUCCGACUGCGUGGCGCCGCCCCGGCCCGGCUGCACCGCAUUUCACGGUGUGUCGGGCAAUCCUGA